AGGGAAACAUUCCUGAGUGCCAUUAGGCUGCCUCUUGUACUGGCUGGCUUUUGAUCAGUAGCCUAAACCACGCUUCACCGAACCAGUCGGUGAGCCGACUUCACUACAUGAGCAGAUGCAAAUCGCUGUGUUGUAUUUACCUUGACGAGAGAUGAGGGGCGCAGCAACGCUGGUGGCUGUCCUGUUGUCUGCUACCACAUAUCAGGUUGACUCUAAGGUGCCGUAUCAGCUCACCUCAAGUAAGCAAUGUAACAAUGUGAAGGAAGAAUACCGUGCUCCAAUAUCAAUGGCUGAUUGGUGCUGCAGUCGGUGUCCCCCAGGAACCAUGCUGAAAGUGAGCUGUAAUGAAACUGCUGACAGUGUGUGUGAACCUUGUCCGAGCGGUCAGUUUAUGGAGAAAUGGAACUAUAAAUCAUCCUGCUUUUCAUGUCAUGAGUGUCGAGAAGAUGCCGGUUUGCAAUAUUCACAAAAAUGCACUACCAGCAAGGGCUCCAAGUGCGUGUGCCAGCCUGGAUGGUACUGUGACACAGGAUUUGUAGAGCCAUAUUGUGCAGGUUGUGAGAAAUACACUUUGUGCGAACUUGGUUGGGGAGUCUCUGAGCAAGGGACUGCAGAUUCAGAUGCAAAUUGCUCACCUUGUCCUGAAGGAAAAUAUUCUGACGUGGUCUCUCACACUGAAUCCUGCAAGCCUCAUACAAGGUGUCAGAAAGCUGUGGUGAAGCAGGGCACUGCUAUCUCAGACACAGAGUGUGACCCGACGACGUCCGUAUACUCCAAGACACCACAGAGCCACUCAACAGAGAAACAGUCUAAUGUGGUGGAUACAACUGCCUCUAUUGUGGAGUAUACAACCUCCGGUCUAUUUAAGAGUUCAAUUCCAAUGAAAACCGACUCCACGUUGACUCCCAUCCAGUCGUCCCUUCCAGCAACUAAAACGCCAGCAAGCACUGGUGUAAAACUAGUUACAAUUGUCAUCCGUAGUGUCAUCAGCUGUGUUUUGCUCGUCAUCGUCCUGGUUAUCCUGGUGAUCCUGGUGCUGUGGCAAUCUAAAAUAAUCAACAGGAGAGGAAGUCAAAAACACACUAUGUUGACAGAUACAAAUGGAAAUUCCGAGAUGGUUGAAAGCAUGCAUCGCAAGAACGCUUUGGGUGCUCAGAUCACAUCAAUGGCUGCUGAAUCCCAUGAACUGCAGGCUUUGAUGGAUACUCAGGAACCCUGCACUGGCCACAGUAAUGCUCCCGAUAAACCUUUUGCAGGAAGGAAAGACCCCCAUGUCAUCAAGUGUGAUUCUUUAGUGUAACAAUAGUACUGAAUGACGUUUUUGAGUGUCUCACACACAAGCAGAGGGUGCCUUUAGGCCCAGGUCAAAGUUUCUGGUUGCCCCUGGGGCACUAGUUAAUACCCGUAAAAAAGAAGAGGUAAAGAAACUGAUGCACAAUUAUUCCUGCACUAUAUUGCAUAUUUAUGCAACCAAUACAUAUCACGCGCCGUUGCAUUAGUGUCUGAAUUCCCUCGAUGGUUAUUCUCUUUAUAGCGUCCUGUAUACUGCACUCUGUAGGGAAUGAGGGCAAAAGAGCAACAAUUCAACUGACUCCUGGGCCCGGGGGCCUCUGACUUCGCCCUGCUCCCAAUGUCAACGUUGGUAUCACUUUGCACGCAGCAAAGGGCUUCUGCUGCUGCCUUCCCCCGUCCCUCUUGUGCAUCAAACGCUGAGUCAGUCCAGGAAGAUGCUGACCUCCCCAUGGGGCCAGAAGUGGAGGUCUCAGGCACCAGGCAGUCUGGCUGUUGGAGAACAGUGGUGUUGGUUUUAACCAAAUAAGGGGAAGUGCUUGUAUUUUCUUUUUUUACUUAUUUAUUUUUUUGCUGUGCAAUAAGUUCUGUUGUUUUCGGGUGAGAGGAGCAAACGUUUUAGCAAUGUAUUGAAGGACUCAUCAAAAGUUAGGCAUUUCUUAGUUUUGUGGCUGAAAUAAGUAACCCAUGCCUUUCAUUCCCGGCAAGGAAGCUACUUUUUGUACCCAUGUUAGAUGAUGGUGACUUUAUGUGUAUGUUGAUAUCCAAGACCUCUGUAGGUGCCAGAUGAGGUUUGCAACCAAUGCCAAAGACAUCAUUCACCAUUGUAUUGUACCAGUGUUGUAUGGAGAUGGUUGGUUUUCCUCAGGGCUUAAGAGGCUGACCCCUUUUUAUUUAUACUAAAUUAAUUAUUUUUUUUAAUUUUCCCACCAUAGCUAUGCAUUUUUUUACUAUGUACUAUGUACUAUGUCCGGCUUUUUUUAAACGGCUUAAGAUUGCAGUGUGUAGCCUACAAGGCGAAAGCAAUAACUUAAAAUGAGGCAAUUAAUUGUUGUUGUUGCUUAGCCUCACCAGUAAAAUGACAUCCUUGACUGUGUCAUUCUAGACGUUCAUGUAUUUCCUUGUAUUGUGUCUUGGAGUAUUUACGUUAUGUAUUUUGUGUGUGUUUAGGUUUGUGCUUCCAUCAGGGGUCUCAUUGUACAACCGCUGAUUGUAGUAGUAGAUUUUUAUUUAACAUGGAUAUGACAAUAUCAUUGGACGAAACCAGAUGCAUUGUUUUCAGUGUAUUAGCAUAAAUUCUAGUUUUCAACACCUGUCAACAGGAGGCUAAUAUAUAUUUGUACAGUAAAUAAAGGACCAAAGACGCAGAUAAGGUGCACGUGUAUAUGGACCAUAUACCUAUCUAUAGUUCAUAUUCAUGAAAUGUAUUGGCAGGUUCUCUCUUUGGACAAUCGCGCCCCCUUCUGGUUCAUAAACCGCUGUGAAUUUGAUAUUAGCAUUGUUUAGCUAAUCUAUAUGAGAAAGGUUUGCAUGAAAACCGAUCAUGUUAUCGGCAUAUAAAUUAAUAUAAUACACUUAAUAUGUUUUUGUAUAAACGGUUGCAGCGCA